AUGGAGAGGCGUCAUGAUGACAAAGCUGGGAAGGCCCUCUCUGACACAGGUGAUAACAGUGUUGGUGAUGUCGUCCCAGAAAUGAAGGCUUCAAUGACCACAGUACGCCUUCCGCGCUUUGGAUCCCGUCGUCACAGCUCGAAUAGCAAUGCGGGGGACCUUGAUCGACCACAACGUACAAAGAGUAUGUUCCCAGAACCACAACAACUCACGAAAGAUGACCUCACAAGUGCUGAUGCAUUAAUGGCUGGUGGUGUCUUUACCAUGAACUCGACACUCUCUACAGUCAUUGAAAAUGCACUAGGUCAGCCGAUUCCUGGUCUCGAAGUCCGUUUUCGAGAUCUUGAAUUGUCGGCAGAAGUUCCGAUGAUUAAAGGUGGGAGUCUUGAGGUGCCAACACUUUUUAACGAGCUACAACAAGGUUUGAGUAAUAUGUGCUUCAGUUCCAACAAAAUGACGAUUGAAAAGAAGAUUUUGCGUGGAAUAAGCGGUGUUUUCCGUCCAGGUCGUCUCACCCUCGUCUUGGGGCAGCCCGGAUCGGGCAAGUCAUCGCUGAUGAAGGUGUUGGCCAAUCGAUUUCACAUGACCAAAAACAUUACUCUAAAAGGAGAGAUCGAUUACAGUGGCAAAGCUCGUGAUUCUAUACUCCGUGAACUUCCACGGUACGUUGCUUACGCCAAUCAAGUUGACGAUCACUAUCCUCGAUUGACAGUUAAAGAGACAUUUGAAUUUGCACACCGUUGCUGCGCUGGAGCGGGCAUGGAACCUUGGGGUGUUGAUGCACUUAAAAAUUGCUCACCGGAGCAACAUGACCACGCAUUGGAAGUUUUAAAUGCACACCAUAAGUUUGCUGCGGAAUUGACGAUCAAGAAGCUUGGACUUGACAAUUGCAAAGACACUGCAGUGGGCAAUGCUAUGCUUCGCGGAGUAUCGGGUGGCGAGCGGAAGCGUGUGACAACAGGAGAAAUGAUGUUUGGCUUGAAACGUCUCCAAUUACUUGAUGAAAUUAGCACAGGUCUCGACAGUGCCGCAACGUAUGAUAUCUGUAAGUCUAUGAAGAGUGCUGCGCGCAAUUUUAAUGCUACAAUUGUCAUUUCACUACUACAACCAUCUCCAGAAGUGUUUGAGCUCUUUGACGAUGUCUUGCUCAUGAAUGAUGGAACUAUUAUGUUCCACGGAAAGAUUGAGGACGUGGUACCGUAUUUUGAAAGCAUGGGCUUUCAUUGUCCGCCACGAAAGGAUGUGGCCGAUUACUUGCUUGACCUUGGUACGGAUAAACAGGAUGCCUACGUGGUAGGAGGAAGUGUACCGUUUCACUCGGACGAAUUCGCUUCUCGGUUUCAGCAGUCCAGCAUAUACCAGGCUACGCUCAAACGUCUGGAUGUACCCGUGGAAGACUCCGCAAUCUUUGCCGAUUUUACACCGUUCCGUCAAACAUUUGCUGAAGAUUUGGUGACGCUUUUGCGUCGUGAAUUUACUCUUAUCACACGAGACACAACGUAUGUUAUGGGUCGUGUCUUUAUGGUUCUUUUGAUGGGGUUACUGUACGGCUCUACUUUCUGGCAAAUGGAUGACUCGAAUAGUCAAUUGACUCUGGGUCUUCUCUUUUCCGUAGCAAUGUUUCUAUCGUUAAGUCAAGCGUCUCAAGUAGCGACGUACAUGGAAGCACGAUCGAUCUUUUAUAAGCAACGUGGCGCUAAUUUUUUCCGCUCCAGCGCUUAUGUGCUGGCAUCGUCCUUUUCACUGAUCCCAAUGAGUAUUCUCGAGACUGUAGUCUUUGGAGCUAUCACGUACUGGUUUGGUGGUUACGUGGACGAAGUAGAUCGCUUCCUCAUCUUCCUCAUCACACUGUUUUUCUGUCAAAUGUGGUUUUCGAGUUUCUUUUUCUUCUUGUCCGCCGCAUCACCGAAUUUGACAAUUGCUCAGCCCAUGAUGAUGGUUGCCGUGCUCUUUUUCAUGAUCUUUGGUGGAUUCUUGAUUGCUCGGGAUGAUCUUCCGGACUACCUCAUUUGGAUCUAUUGGCUCGACCCCUUUGCGUGGUGUAUCCGCUCGCUAAGUGUGAACCAAUAUUUGGCUUCCAAGUUUGAUGUCUGUGUAUACAAUGGCAUCGAUUAUUGUACUCAAUUCAAUCUCACAGUUGGUGAGUACAGUCUUGGUGUAUUUGACUUGCAGACAGGUUCUGAAUGGAUCUGGUAUGGCUGGGCCUUCUUUGUCGCAACAUACAUCAUACUUGUUCUCUGCGCUUAUUUGGUCCUUGAAUACAAGCGCUACGAAGGCCCUGAGAAUGUCGCGAUUGUUGCACCAGACGAAGAUGGUCGGGACCAGACAACAUACAAUCAGAUGCCCAGGACCCCAAAGGAGAACGAAAGUGCCGUCAGAAUUCACGUCAAUGAGUCGGCUGAUGGAGUCCCUACUAUUAGUAUCCCAGUGCAACCCACAGGCCGCGGCAUUUCUAUGCCCAUCACGCUGGCGUUUCAUGAUCUCUGGUACUCUGUCCCACUACCCGGUGGCACAAACGAUGAACAAAUUGACCUGCUUAAAGGAGUCUCUGGCUUUGCUUUGCCUGGUACAAUGACAGCUCUUAUGGGCUCAUCGGGUGCAGGUAAGACGACGCUCAUGGACGUCAUUGCUGGACGUAAAACCGGCGGUAAGAUUAAGGGCAAGAUUCUACUUAAUGGACACGCAGCAAACGAUCUCGCAAUUCGUCGUUGUACAGGAUACUGUGAACAAAUGGAUAUUCACUCUGACUCUGCUACCGUCCGAGAAGCACUUAUAUUUUCGGCCAUGUUGCGUCAAGAUGCCAGUGUUCCUACUGCGCGAAAAAUGGAGUCCGUCAAUGAGUGUAUUGAAUUAUUGGAGCUUGGCCCAAUUGCAGAUAAAAUUAUUCGCGGUAUGUCCACGGAACAGAUGAAGCGCGUGACGAUCGGUGUCGAAUUGGCUGCUCAACCCAGUAUUAUCUUCAUGGAUGAACCGACAAGUGGUUUGGACGCCCGCUCAGCUAAACUUAUCAUGAAUGGUGUACGUAAGAUCGCCGACUCUGGCCGAACGAUCAUCUGUACAAUUCAUCAGCCAAGUACCGAAGUAUUCAAUCUUUUUGACUCACUUUUGCUCUUACGUCGUGGUGGUCGCAUGGUCUUUUUCGGACAACUUGGCGAGGACUCCAAAAACUUGAUCAACUACUUUGAAGCAUUUUCAAACGUCAAUCCAAUCAAACCUGGCUAUAAUCCUGCGACAUGGAUGCUUGAGUGCAUUGGCGCUGGCGUUGGUGGCGGUAAGGGCGACCCUGCUGCGGAUCCAUCGCAACCGACAGACUUUGCCGACCGCUUUGCAGUUAGCGACCAGAAAUUGAUGAUGGAGGAGGAUCUAAAUCAAGAGGGAGUACUCUUUCCAUCGCCUUCCCUUCCAGAGCUUAAAUUCGACACAAAACGUGCGUCGAACGGAUAUGUGCAAUUUGAUCUACUCUGCCGUCGUUUCUUCCGCAUGUACUGGCGUACACCAACGUACAAUCUCACGCGUCUUAUGGUCAGUGUUGUGCUGGCUUGUGUCUUUGCUAUCAUCUACCAAGGCACCGACUACAACACGUACAGUGGCGCGAAUGCUGGUAUUGGUCUAAUUUUCGUCAGUACUACCUUCUUAGGCAUUAUCAGCUUCAACAGUGUCAUGCCCGUUGCAGCCGAUGAACGCACCGCUUUCUACCGUGAACGUGCUUCUCAGACAUACAAUGCACUGUGGUACUUUAUCGCGGGUACUCUCGUGGAGAUCCCGUACAUUUUUUUCUCCACUCUGCUCUUCACAAUCAUUUUCUACCCAAGCGUUGGCUUUGAUGGUUUCAUUACGUUCUUUUACUACUGGCUCGUUGUUUCAAUGAAUGCUUUGGUUUUCGUUUACCUUGGUCAAUUGCUGGUAUACGCAUUGCCAAGUGUAGCUGUCGCAACCAUUAUUGGCGCUCUCCUUUGCUCCAUUUUUAUGCUUUACGCUGGCUACAAUCCACCCACGGACAGCAUUCCGACAGGGUACAUGUGGGUUCACUGGAUCUCACCACCCACUUACAGCAUUGCUAUUCUUGUUGCAUUGGUCUUUGCUGAUUGCUCAGAUGGCAAAGUAGGCUGUGAUUUAAUGCAAGAAGCACCACCGACGAUUGGAAACAUGACUAUCAAGGACUACGUCGAAAAUGUCUUCGAUAUGAAGCAUGAUGACAUCUGGAGGAAUGCAAUGAUCCUCGUCGCUCUGAUUGUCGUCUUUCGUGUCUUAGCAUUAAUUUCUCUGCGCUACAUCAGCCACCUAAAGCGCUAA